AUCAUUCUUCCUCGCUUUCUGGAACUGAUGAGAAAACCAAGUGCUUCUUCUUGCGCUCAAUUUCUUAUUCUGAUUUAUCUAUGUCUCUGUUCAAAUCUCUUUCAUGUUGAAGGGUUUGAUUCUCUGAUUCAGCUGCGAGGCAGCAACAGAAAAGUUGUUUCUGUGCUCGAUUAUGGAGCGAAAGGGGAUGGUCUUCACAGUGACACCAAGGCUUUUAAAAAUGCUUGGGAGGUAGCUUGUUGUUUACCAUCACGAUCAACACUUGAAGUUCCAGCUGGGAAAACUUAUCUGGUUGGGCCAAUUGAUUUUGGUGGGCCUUGUGAAUCAAAGGUGACUUUAAGGAUCUUUGGUACCAUCAUUGCUCCUAAAGAUCCUCAUUUCUGGGAUGGUUUGAAUCGGCGUAGGUGGCUUUAUUUCCAUAAUCUCAAUCACCUCAUUGUAGAAGGCGGAGGCACAAUCAAUGGGAUGGGACAGGAAUGGUGGUCCCGCUCUUGCAAGAUCAACACAACAAAUCCAUGUCGACAUGCUCCAACGGCCAUUGCUUUCCAUCUGUGCCAAAAUUUGAAAGUCAGGAACAUCAUGACAAUAAACAGUCAACAAAUGCACAUUGCUUUCACCAACUGUAGCCGGGUUGUGGCAUCUCAUCUUAUAGUGCUUGCACCUGUCGGAAGUCCAAACACUGAUGGAAUUCACAUAAGUGCAUCCACUAAUGUUCAGGUCAAAGACACUGUAAUUGGAACAGGUGAUGACUGCAUCUCUAUAGUUAGCAAUACUUCCAGGGUUAAAAUCAGAAAUAUUACAUGUGGGCCUGGCCAUGGUAUAAGUAUAGGAAGUUUGGGGAAAUCAGAUUCAUGUGAUGAUGUGUAUGAUGUAUUGGUUGAUGGAGCAUUUAUAUCAAACACUGAGAAUGGGCUGAGGAUCAAAACAUGGCAGGGAGGAUGUGGCUUUGCCCGAAAGAUAACAUUUCAGAAUGUGGUAAUGGAAAAUGUUUCUAACCCAAUCAUCAUUGAUCAGUAUUACUGUGAUUCACAGAUACCAUGUCAAAACCAGACCAGGGCUGUUCAGGUAGAGAGAGUUUCUUUCAUAGGCAUCAGAGGAACUGCAGCCACUGAGGAAGCAAUAAGAUUUGCUUGCAGUGACAAUUCCCCAUGCCAUAGAAUAUAUUUGGAAGAUCUUCAAUUAUUAUCAAAUUCUGGAGAGCCUACCAGGGCUUUUUGUUGGCAAGCUUGGGUCUCAAGUUCAGGCAUUGUAUCUCCUACUUGUUUCAUAUGCAGUGGGAGCUUCAUCAAACAGAAGGUUAUUUCAAGUUCCAUCCAUCGGACUAUUUAAAGAUAGAUCAUUCUUCAUUGGCUGUGAAUGCCAUUAUUGUCCAGUGGGACAAGCUCCUCUUGUGAACUUAGUAUGGAUGGGUGUCAUGGCUGCCUACCAAUGUGAGGAUCUUACUACAGGUUUUGGUGU